AUGGCCGAAAAUCAGCUACCGGAGUUCGAUCCGAACCCACAACAACAGGCCACCGAUGCAUCGGCUCCACAGUUCGCCGCGCCGAGCAACGCGCCGCAACCCCAGGCUCAAUCACAACCCGCCCAGCGAGAAGUCAAACGACGAAACCGAAGACCUGUGGUUUGCAUGCCAUGUCGCGAAAGACGUUCCAAAUGCAGCCGCGAGAAACCAUGCUCACUAUGUGUAAAGCGUGGCGAGGCUCACCUUUGCUUAUAUGCCGAACCUGUGGAGAGAGCCGGCGCGCAGGCGGCCAGUCGCAGCGCCAGAGCAGCAGCUUCCCGUGCUAGACAGCUCGAGCAACUAGGCCAACUAGAAUCCCUUUUCAAGCGAUACCUCCAGGGCGACCAGGCUAACCACAAUCGCAAUGCUAAGGAUCAAGGCUACGGCUUUGGAGUUUCGCAGCUCACUCCUACCGCCACAGACCAGGAUGAGAUCUCGCCAGAUGCCUUUGAUUCGUCCAUGCUACCUCACUGGAGUUCUUUGUUCAAGCAACUGCGCUCGACCAUGGAAGGCUACGAAGACGGCUUGUCUGAAGCUGGAGAUGGUGUCAUCACUUCCGAGGAGAAGCCGAUUCUGCUUGGAGCCUCGCCCGCCUCAUCCCUGAGUACAAUCUUGCGACAGUAUCUUCCUCAAAACAAGGCUGAUGUCAGCAAUCGACUCAACACGUACUUCGGGUCUUCGUACAUGGUCAUUCCUGUCAUCCACAGUGGCAAGUUCUUGGAUGAGUACGAAGAGUUCUGGAGUGCAACACCCGAUACUGUCGAUCCGAUCUGGGUAGCCCUUUUGUUUGCGAUACUCUCAUUAUCAGCACACAUCACGGCAGUUCAAGGUGAUGAAGCAGACGUUGCACAGCACGAAAACUGGAUCAAUGCCUGCUCUCAAUGUCUUUCUCUGGGUGGCUACACCAAGCCAAGACCCUACCUCAUCCCGGCACUACUUAUGCUGGCUCAGUCACAAUACAUGCGCUACCUUGACCCUUCCCGAGAAGUGUCGCUCCUGAUAUCAAUCGUUGUUCGGUUAGCAUUUCAAAGUGGAUUGCACCGAGAACCUGGCAUUCUGGUUACCAGCUUUGAAGCCGAGAUGCGCCGUCGAUUAUGGGUCAUGAUUCGGCAUUUCGACUGUCAGAUCGCCUGCCAGUUUGGUGUGCCCUCUUCCAUCCAGCUUAAUGCUACCGACAUAGGUCCACCGCGUAAUCUCCUCGAUAACGACCUGAACGAGAGCAUGACUGAAUUGCCACCCUCACGUCCUGAUACCGAGCUAUCGCCUGUCAAUUCCUUCCUCCUCAAGAACCACUUCAUGACGCUCUUUGCUGAGAUCUACACUAAUGCCCAUAACGUCCAAACCACUGCCAACGAUGAUGCAAGCAUCGAGCAUUUCGAAUCUCUACUCCAAGCUCGUCGUUCACAAAUGCCUCCGAUCUUCAGGACGAAACCUAUCGCUCUUUCGCUCAAUGACCCUGAUGCGCUGCGAAUGUUCCGGUUGACCAUCGACUUCUUGUAUCAUAAAACUCUCAUCAUUCUCCAUCGCCGGCGCAUGGGCGACUCUAACUCAAGCAGUCGCGAGACUUGCAUCAACGCCGCCAACAGCAUUAUCGUCAGCUUCGGAGAUCUCAUCACAGAGCUCCGCCCCGGGAAGUUGAUGGAGGGCAAAGCCUGGAUGCUCUCUGCCACCGUGGUGAACGACUUCCUUCUAGCCAGCAUGACUCUCAGUAUGGCUUUCAUCACUCUCGCCCCAAACUCACCUGCUUCGUCUCGCAAAGGUUCCAACUCGACCAUCAAUCGCGAAGAAAUUCUUACAACCCUCGAAAAUGCGCGCACCAUCUGCCUCGACCUAUCGCCCAAAUCCCGUGGCGCCCUUCGUGUUGCUUCAGCCCUUGCAACGCUUCUGUCGCGGUACGGCCGCGACACUCCCAUGGAUCCGCGCCUCACGAAUCCAGCGGUGACGUCCUCACCGCCACAAUCCCAGGCGAUACCAGCCUAUCAACCGGCUCCGCCUUAUUCCCUAAAUGGCUUCCCUGUGGGCGCUUCCAUGCCACCACCUUCUUCUACCCAACCUGACACCCGUCCACCAAAUACCCAGAAUCUCUUCGGCAUCUUCCCCUCACCAGCGCCAUCCAGCGCGCUGAGCCAGGAGCGCAGCACCAGCUCUGGCGGCGGUGAUACUGGCACCGGUAUUGGCGUGAGACCCUAUCCCCAUACUUCCGGUCCUUACAGCAAUUGGGCAAACGGCAAUUUCACCGACAGCCCCAUGCUUCUGGGCCUCUUCCCAAGUACGGCACAGUCAAACAUGACGCAACAAGGUCAACUGCUGCAGGGCCAAGCGGCAGGCGGGGUCUCACAGACUGCUGCCGCUGCUGGCUUGUUUGUGCCUCAAGGGCAAGAAGCUCAGCAAGCUCCACAAGGACAAUUCGUUGGUGGGAAUGGAGCAGGCGGAGAUGUAUUUGACCGCUUGGCUUUGGGAACAGGCGCUGGUGGAUUGGACUGGACGGCGUUUGACCAGUUCAUUACGGAGUUCUGA